AUGUCUGCUGCGGCCUCCCCAUCUCCCAGUGAGGGCGAGAGCAAGCGUGGCGAAGUCUCCUACCGAUUCUGUCAAGAAUGGUACGCCUCCGAUCUCUUCCCAAAGACUUCUCUGACCUGUUUCCCAGCUCGAACCUCCUCUACCCGAAAGAAGACCGCGCCACCUCCACCCUCCUCUACAUUUGCAAGGCUUGCCAUGCGACUUCACAACACGACUCAGCAUGCACCUACCGUCAACAACUCGGCGCCAAUGUUCAAGAGACAGCUGGAACCACCGCUGAUGUUGCACACGAUCCAACGGUGGGUUCUGCUUUUCCUGAGCUGCCCCCUCUCUGUACCCUUUGCGGGGAGCCGUUGA